AUGAGCGCAGUCAGCCUCUCCCGACUGCAGUGCGAACACUACGCCAGCCCCCUCGGAAUCGAGGAAGCCACCCCCCGUCUCAGCUGGCGCUUUGCGGGCAACGCAGCUGACUGGAUCCAAGCCCGUUACGAGAUCAAGAUUACAACUGCCCUUCCGGGUCAAUCUCCUGCCGCGCAGGAACACUACUCAGUCGACAGUUCCGACUCGGUGCUUGUCCCAUGGCCGUCCCAUCCCCUGGUUAGCCAGGAGGCCGCCCACGUCGAAGUUCGUGCUAUCGGUCGCGACGGUAGCGAGACGGAGUGGUCCGCCCUCGACAUUGAGCGUGGACUGUCCGAGUGGGCUGCUGUGCCAAUAACCUGCGAAGAACAGCCUGUGGACGAUGCCAAGCGUCCUUUCCGCGUCAAGACCACCUUCAACGUCCCACCCACCUUCACAUCAGCGAGGUUGUAUGUCACUGCCCUUGGUGUGUACGAGGCCGAACUCAACGGCGCUCGCGUAGGCGAGGAAUACCUUGCCCCAGGAUGGACGAGUUACAAGCAUCACGUCGUGUACCGCACCUACGACGUGACCGCGUCCCUCACUCCAGGUGACAAUGUUCUGGGUGCCUGGGUUGGCGAGGGAUGGUAUGCCGGUCGCCUCGCUUUCAGAGGCGGUUGGCGCAACAAUUACGGCACACGUCCAGCCCUCAUCGCCCAACUGGUUGUCGACGGCAAGAUUGUCGCUGCUACCGAUGCCUCGUGGUCUUGGUCGUACGGCGCCAUUGUCAGCUCCCAGUUCCUCGACGGCGAGACUUACGACUCGAACCUCGCCGACCCCCUCUGGUCCACUACCAAGAGCUCCAGUGAUGGAUGGAAGCCAGUCAACACAUUGCCCGUACCCAGCGCCAAGCUCAUGGCUACACAGUCGCCGCCUGUCAAGGCCGUCGACUUCCUUGGCCCACAGGAGGUUAUCACCACCCCGUCUGGAAAGACCGUUCUGGACUUUGGUCAAAACUUUGCCGGUGUGGUGACCAUUCUUACCGAACCCCCUAUGAAGGAGGGCGAGAUUGUUUUGCGCUAUGCCGAGGUACUGGAGCACGGUGAACUGGGUGUCCGCCCAAUUAGAGGUGCCAAGGCCACCGACACGAUCAUCCUCGGCGGCAAGGUCGAGCGAUACGAACCCAAGUUUACCUCUCACGGAUUCCGCUACGUGGAGGUGACGGGUUGGCCGGGUGUUGGACUGCUCGAUAUUGUCGGUGUCGUCACCCACUCGGCUAUGGAGUGGACGGGAAAUUUCAAGAGCUCCCACAAACUCGUCAACCAACUCCACUCGAACAUUUUCUGGAGUACUCUGUCCAACACCAUCUCCAUCCCUACCGACUGCCCGCAACGUGACGAACGCUUGGGCUGGACUGGCGAUAUCCAAGUGUAUUCGCCAACCCUCAACUACCUCUUCGAUGGCUCUGGAUUCCUUGCGGGAUGGCUGAAGGAUGUCUACGUCGAUCAGCAGGCACUGGGAGGCAAUGUGCCCGUUACGGUUCCGGACAUUCUAGACGAAUUUCACAAUCAGCGUCUGGCUGUUUGGGGAGACGUGGCGGUCCUGACCCCGUAUGACCUGUAUCAGGCCUUUGGAGACGUGGGCAUUCUGCGUCAGCAGUAUGCGUCAGGCAAGCUCUGGCUAGAGAGCGGCGUCGUGCGUGACCCACGCACCCAAUUGUGGCAUCCCGAUCAACAGCAGCUCAGCGACUGGCUCGCCCCCAAGGCCCCUCCCGAGAGGCCCGGAGACGCGCCCACCGACAGUCUCCUGGUGGCCGACGCCUACCUCGUGCACACCACUCGUGUGUUUGCGAAGACUGCUGCCCUCCUUGGUGAGACUGCCGAUGCCGCCAAGUACGAUGCCCAGGCCGACAACCUCACUGAGGCGUUCUACGCGGAGUACGUCACCCCCAACGGGCGUGUCAUGAGCGACACCCAGACCGCGCUUGCCCUCCUCCUCAAGUUUGGCAUCUACCCCAAGAAUUCUGCAAAAUUCACCCCAGAGGAGUACGCCAAGAAGUACGGUGCUCGCCUUGCCCAGCUCGUGGAGAAGGACGACUGGAAGGUCGCGACUGGAUUUGCGGGCACUCCCAUUCUGCUUGACACACUCGAGCAGGUUGGCGAGCUCCACCACGCGUACAGGAUGCUCCAGAGCCGUGACACUCCCUCAUGGCUUGCUCCCGUUCUUCUUGGUGCCACAACCGUCUGGGAACGUUGGGACUCGAUGCUGCAAGAUGGUACCAUCAACCCCGGUGAAAUGACCAGCUUCAAUCACUACGCCCUCGGAUCGGUCGCGCACUUCCUCCACGGCGUCGUCGGUGGCCUGUCGCCCCUCAAACCGGGUUGGCGUGAAAUCCUCGUCAAGCCCCAGCCAGGCGGCACCUUUACAUGGGCAAAGACCUCGCACGACUCUCCGUAUGGUCACAUCUCGUGCAGCUGGAAGAUUGUCGAUGACAAGCUGAAUGUGGACGUCGCCGUCCCUCCCAACUCGACCGCUCAGGUCGAACUUCCCGGAUUGUCCAAGGUCGUGGGUAGUGGCGAACACCACUUUUCUGUUCCAUGGACUGCGGACCCCCGCUGGCCUCCGAAGGGUAAACCUAUCGCAUAUGGAGCAGACCCCAGCGACAACUGGGAGCCGUGA